UGAAUUCUGUUUGUCAUAUGCUUUACUAGUUUUCUGAUGGAGGUGUAAAUACAGAAUUUAAUGCAUGUGAAUGCAUUCAUGCUUCCCCACCCCAACCUUUUUGGUGUGACUUCUGCUUCCUUCAGACGGCUGUUGUCACUGGUUUUUUGAAAUGGCCUUAAAUACAAUUUAAUGUUAUGUGGUAGAACAUGUUAUGGUCCUGAGAGUAUAAAGCUUGAAAUCUACGGCAGUCAUUCAAAUCUUGGAGGAACCGGCCUCGUAGGUUAAACAAAAGCUAUUAGUUUUCUCUUCUUUGGGGCUCUGGAGGUUGUCAUGGAGAAUGAAAACGGUGAAACACCUAAAAUGGAUGAUUAUGAAGUGAUAGAGCAGAUUGGAAGAGGAGCUUCUGGUGCUGCAUUUCUUGUUCUUCACAAGGUUGAGAAAAAGAAGUAUGUAUUGAAGAAGAUUCGUUUGGCUAAGCAAACGGAGAAAUUUAAGAGGACAGCACAUCAAGAGAUGAAUUUGAUGGCAAAGCUCAAUAACCUCUACAUUGUUGAGUAUAAGGAUGCAUGGGUGGAGAAGGAAAGCUGUGUGUGCAUUGUGUCAAGCUACUGUGAGGGAGGAGACAUGGCUGAGAUGAUAAAGAAGAAUAGAGGAACAUUUCUUCCUGAAGAGAAGCUGUGCAAAUGGUUCACCCAACUGCUAUUGGCAGUAGACUAUCUUCACUCCAACCGUAUCCUUCACAGGGAUAUUAAAUGCUCAAACAUCUUCCUAACAAAACUCAAUGACAUACGGCUAGGUGACUUUGGACUUGCAAAAUUUCUUAACAAAGAAGAUGUUGCUUCCUCGAUUGUAGGCACCCCAAACUACAUGUGUCCAGAGCUUCUUGCAGAUAUACCAUAUGGCUACAAGUCAGAUAUAUGGUCCCUAGGUUGCUGUAUGUUCGAAAUAGCUGCACAUCAACCUGCAUUCAAAGCUACUGAUAUGGCAGGACUGAUCAACAAAAUAAAUCGAUCGUCCAUUGCUCCACUCCCAACGGUGUAUUCCCAGACCCUGAAACAACUGAUCAAAAGCAUGCUAAGAAAGAGCCCAGAACAUAGACCAACAGCUGCAGAACUGUUGAGGCAUCCCCAUUUGCAACCAUAUCUUGCUCAAUGCCAUAAUCUAUCUCCUGUCUUUCUCCCAGUAAAGUCUGAAAAAAGCAGCAAUAAUAAAGCAAAGGGAAGCUACUUCCCAAACGCAUCUGGAACUGGAAAAGAUUCAAAAGGUGAAAAGGCAAGACCUUCAAGAUCCACCCUUGUAUGUUUGCCAAGGGCUUCUAAUGAAGAUGGACAACUAGACUUCACCUCCGAGCACUCUGAGGUUGUGCAGAAGGAACUCCAAGUUAUUAAAGAAGAUACUAAUGGCAAUCCUAAGAGAUUGGCGGCAUUGCGUGUAGUUAACAGAGGUAAUGCUGCUCAAACGGGUAACAGCAAGGGCAGAGAAUCAAAGGAAAAGCACAAAUAUGAACAUGACAAGACUCCUAGAUGCUCUUUAUAUGGGACAGAGAACCACAGUCUGUAUCAAAUGAGAACUUCCCCACAAAACACAAGAUUACCGAAUGAAAACCAAGCUAGAAGAGAAGAAAAUGAUUUCAGCAGUUCCAAGCAGAAAAGAAGAGGAGGCAAUAGGGAGUCAAGUGAAGCCUCCUCCAACUCGUCAAUCAUGAGCACACUAACUCUGCUUCAUGGUUUCGAAACCAGGAUCAAAUGGGAUUCUCAGAACCAGAAAAGGGCAGAAGCUCUGGAGUCACUGCUUGAGAUUUGUGCAAGCUUACUUAGACAGGAAAGAAUUGAAGAACUUGCAGGGGUGCUAAAACCAUUUGGAGAAGAAGCUGUGUCUUCAAGAGAAACAGCAAUUUGGUUGACAAAGGGGCUAAUGAAUCUCCAGCAAAGGAUGUCAAACGAAAAUUCCAAAUAACAAAAAAA